AUGGCUUUCGGAAGUGCUGAAGCGUGUCGCGUGGUCGUGCUAUGCGCGGUGGUGGCGUGGUGCGCGUGCGGGGUGCGGGGUGCGCCUGCGCAGCUCUGUGCGGCGGCGGAGGACGACCCUCGUGCUGCCAGGUUCUGUCAAGCACUGAACACCUUCCUCGAGUUGUAUGCUGAAGCUGCUGGAGAACAAGUGCCGGAGUACCAAGCUUUAGUCCGCGACUACCCUCAACUCCUCGACACCGGUAUGAAGCGUCAAGACGUGGUCCACUCCUUCCUUCGCUUCGGCCGCCGC